GCAGAACAAGUCUUCUCUAUAGUUUCACACGGGAAGAGGACGUAUGUUAUUCUGGUCUUAAGCCACCUUGUUUCACAACAGUGUCUGUACUUCUACCGGCUGUUUUUAUGUUCGUCCAUAUCAUGGUGUGUCCAGCUCUACUGCUUCAAUCCUUCAUCUGGAUCUCUCUGAUGGCAAAAGGUGUGCAGUAUGACGUGACUCAUAUCAUCAGCAGAAUGUGUGUGGUUCGGCAGUCGACGGUGCUCAUACCCUGCAAAUACACUUCUCGAUACGAGCAGGUGAGUGCAGCCGAAUGGCUCUAUGAGAAAUCACCGGAGCAGAAGGUCAGGGUCUCUCAGGAGCCCGCGUUUGAAGGCCGUGUGCAGUUUGUGCAGCCUGACACGGGAAACUGCUCGCUGCUGCUGAAGGACGUGAGAGAGAGUGACGCGGGCGUCUUCCGGUUUGUGUUCAGCACUGCUUCCGGGCGAAAUUGGACAAACGAUCAGGGAAUCCAGCUAGAAGUAACAGAUGCGGAGCUGGAGGUAAAGGCAGAGUCUGAUGUUGUGAUGGAGGGAGACUGGAUUUUGUUUGUCUGUGGUUCAUGCAUUCCCUCCAUGACUGUACCAACCUACAUUUGGAGCAAAGAUGGGCAUCUGCACGAGCAACACUAUGGGAACAACAUAUUUGUUUUGGAGUCUGUCGAGCUGGAGGACAGAGGCCGAUAUUCCUGCACCAUAAGCGGUCAUGAGGGACUAACCUCCACAUCUGCUGAAAUCACUGUUAGACCUGGAUAUCCUCCAAAGAGCAUCUCAGUGUCCAUCAGUCCAUCUGCUGAAAUAGUGGAGGGAGAUUCAGUGACUCUGAGCUGCAAAAGUGAUGCAAAACCUUCUGCUCUGAACUUCAGCUGGUUUAAGGAGAAUCAAAGCUCAGCUGUUGGAUCUGGACAGAGUUUCAGCAUCUCCAGCUUUAACUCCAGUCACAGUGGACGCUACUAUUGUGAGGCUCAGAAUCAACAUGGAUCUCAGAGAUCAGUGUCUGUUUCAGUCUCUGUUAAAGAAAGCAGCUCAACUCUGAUCAGGGUCGCGGUGGGAAUCUCUGCAGCUGUUGUCUUGACGUCUGUGAUUCUGAUGGUUUUCAUCGGGCUCUUGAUCAGAAGGAAACGGGUGACUUCAUCAGAAGAGCUAAACCACAGAGGAUCACGACACAAUAAGACGCUGGAGGCUCCUGAGGACGCCUACAUGACCCUUGACCCCAAGUCCAGAUGUUCUGAAUACGACACACUGGAUAAUAUGAAGAGAUCCUGUGAAAACACAGACGACCCUGAUGAUCAGGAUCCUACAUAUUAUAACAUUGACAAAUGAUUAAUCCACGAUUUGGCAUUUUUUAUUAUUUAUUUUC